CUGUCUUCCUGCUUUUCUGCUUUUAGUCUGACUGCAGUGAUUAUUCCCCCAUAAAGGCCACUCACAAAGGCCUUGGCCAUGCCUCCCCUCCCUUUCUUUCUGACACUGCUACAGCUCGCAGUACUUACUUGUGUGACUGCUGGGGCAUACUAUGGACACAAGCAACACCCUCAGCAAUACCAGCCGGUGCAACACCACCAACAAAUGGGCAAAGAAGGCUUUCCCCAACAACAGUACCUUGGCAAAGAGGUGCCGUAUAUGCAGUAUCCCCACUACAGGAAGGAGAUUCCCCAGAUGCCCAUGCACAAGGGCAAAGGCAAUGCUCAUAAAGGAGACGGCUAUAAUGGGGGCCAAGACAAAGGUCAGACAAUCCUUAGUGGCGCUGAGGGGAUUCCCCAAGGAGAGCCUGGCCCAGCCGGGCCACCUGGAGCUGAGGGACCCGAAGGACCUCCUGGAGCUUCAGGGAAUGGACAGCCCGGACCCGAGGGACGACCAGGACCACUAGGUCCACCAGGUGGGCCUGGAAUUGGAAAACCAGGUUUGCCAGGACUUGCAGGCAAGCCAGGAGGAAGUGGUGAGCCUGGACCACAAGGAGAAAUGGGCCCUAGGGGUGAGGAAGGGCCAGCUGGGCAGACAGGGCCUCAGGGUCCCCCAGGACCACCUGGGCUGCCAGGAAUAGGUAAACCAGGGGGACAGGGAUUACCUGGCCAACCAGGUCUCAAGGGAGAGCCAGGUCACAAAGGGUUGCCAGGACUACCAGGAUUACCGGGACCCAAAGGAGACAAAGGGAUAGGCCAGCCAGGACAACCUGGUCACAAAGGGCUCCCAGGGACCCAAGGACCUGCUGGCCCAAGAGGGCUGCCUGGUUUUGGAAAACCCGGUUUGAAUGGGGCACCAGGGCCACUCGGACCAUCAGGAGAUAAAGGUCAUCCUGGGGAGCUAGGACCAGCUGGGCCACCUGGGAAAGGAGGACAGCCUGGCCCACCAGGUCUACCGGGUCAGGGAAAACCAGGUCAAAAUGGCCUGCCAGGACAGCCAGGCAUGCCAGGUGGGAAAGGUCAUCCAGGACCACCAGGUCUGCCAGGAAAGCCCGGACUUCCUGGAUUUGGUAAACCAGGGUUCCUAGGACCAAAAGGUGAUAAAGGUAUGGGUGGACAACCUGGACCUUCAGGACCAAAAGGAGAUAAAGGCUACGGGGGCCUGCCUGGUAUGCUUGGACCACCUGGACCAAAUGGUCCACCAGGUCCUACUGGCCCUCUGGGAACCCCAGGUGGUUUAGGUGCACCUGGUCCUAAAGGAGAUUGUGGAGAAGUAGGACCUAACGGGCUUGGAGGAGACCAGGGUAACCCUGGUGCCUCUGGGAUACCUGGUAAGGAUGGUCUACCUGGAGAUCGUGGAGAGCCAGGACCAAGAGGUCCACCAGGACCGGGUGGAACGAAAGGAGAUGGAGGGCAUAAAGGUCUACCUGGUAAGCCUGGAUCUCCAGGACUUCCCGGGCCAAAAGGACAAGGUGGAUUACCUGGUGCACUGGGACCUCAAGGUCCUAAAGGAAUCCCUGGAAUGGAUGGCACUGUAGGACCAAUUGGGCCUUCUGGUCUCCCAGGUUCAAAAGGAGAUGGCGGUGUUCCUGGUCCACCAGGCAUUGCAGGUGAGGGAAAUUCAGGUCUUCCUGGUCCCAUAGGACCCCAAGGGAAAGAGGGGCCAUCAGGGCCAGCUGGACAACGUGGUCAGCCUGGCCUCCCUGGACCACCAGGCCCAACUGGUGCAUCGGGUCUGUCCCCUGAGUUCGCUGGAGUGCUCUCUCAAAUGGGCCCUGAACUAGAUGGUGUUAAGACUGGCGGCUAUGGAAAGAAGGGAAAGUAUGGAGGCAACGGGGCAGAAGCAAUGGGGGCCAGUGGGCUGGAAAUGCCAGCGUUCACAGCUGUAAUAACCACUCCCUUUCCACCUGUGGGCACUCCAGUCGUCUUCGACAAGCUCUUGUACAAUGGUCGCCAAAACUACAACCCAGAAACAGGAAUCUUCACCUGUGACAUGCCCGGCAUUUAUUACUUUGCCUACCACGUUCAUUGCAAAGGAGCUAAUGUCUGGGUGGCUUUGAUGAGGAACAAUGAGCCAGUGAUGUAUACAUAUGAUGAAUACAAAAAGGGUUUCUUAGAUCAAGCAUCAGGAAGUGCAGUACUACCUCUACAACCGGGGGACACUGUGUAUAUUCAGCUGCCCUCAGAUCAGGCCUCAGGACUUUAUGCUGGACAGUAUGUGCACUCCUCAUUCUCUGGAUAUUUGUUAUAUCCAAUGUGAAACCACAAACUACAGAGAUAGAGGUACUUCUAUGAGAUCAAAGUGGGAGCCUAUUUUGUAUAAUAUAAACAUUAUUAUAAACCACCAAAGACUUAGCAGUCUUAUAUAAUGGUAAGUCAACAAAGUAUUGAUCUCAUCAGCAGAGAUGAGAGGACAAAUCAGAAGCCUGAAGGUUUGUAUGUGCAGCAGCUGUUAUACUUUAUAGCCUUAUAGCAACAUAAUUUGGAGAGUAAUGUUUCUUUCUUUUACAGCUUUGAAAAUAUAAUAGAAUAUAUAAAAAGGCAUUAAAAGAAGAGAAAAAAAACGAUUUGCAUUUUGUACAAACAUAUGAAAGGGAAGAAGGGUACAUGUGAAGUGUAUGCAAAAUAAAACUAAAACAAACCAAUUCUAGUUACGCAAAGCCACAUUUUGCUCCUGCACCUCUUCAAAACUGGCAGCUACCCAUUGUGGUGACGAAUGUGAAAAUAUUUCAAAACAUGAUGGUUUAUUCAUUACAGUACAACAUUUAAAGCGUGCAUGCAUUCAUAAUAAAUAUAAAUGUAUGAUAAUUGCAAGCAUCUGAAAUGAUUUAUAGGAAAUGAAAAAGUAAAGUGUUUACAUUAAACCAUUUUGUAUAGGUUUUGGAGGUAAACACAUUUGUGGUCAUAACCAGCAAUUCAGAUUUUUCAUGGACCAAUCUCUUAAUCCCCCAUGUGGAUUACCAAAAAUAAUUACAUUUGCAAAUUACAAUGUGGGAGCAACCUAUAUGACUUGUAUAAGCCUCAGCAUAAUAGGGCCGACUGGUAUUGGUGGUGAAUUAUUUUAUGGCAAAAAAUAUGCUCACCCAUGAUAUAUGUGGCUGACUGACAAUUGCUCCCAUGAGUGAGAUUCAAUAGGUAAGAAUGUAAUAUUGAUCUUAUGUUUUAGUUUUUACUUACAGGUAUAUGGGUGUAAAGAAACAAAAUGUGUGUGCAAAAGUGCAAAGGUCAAACUAACAUACCAUAUUGCCCUGGCCUAUGAAAACCACUCCAUAUGCUAUAUAUUAAAGACGACAAAAAAACGUAUACGGCUUAUAUGUGUCAUUCGGUUACCAACAUGAUCAAAUAACUCUGCAUUUAGGUUUCUUUCAGAGCGAAAUCAUGUUGGGAAUAAAUUCAAAUGAACUAUAUUCUUACUUACUCUUUUUAUUUAAAAUUAAACUGAUUGUAUUUUGUAACUGUUUUGUAAGAUUAAUCAUUUUUUAGUUGUAACAGCACCCUUGGUGAGCUUCAUUUGGUACGUCUUGCUGCCAGGUUUAAAGAAAAUACAAAUACAUUUUUAUCACAAUUAACUCAAAGCAAGUGUUGAAUGUCGCAGCAAUUCAUAAGAAUGGUUAUGUCAAUAAUUUAUUAUUUAAUCUGCCGAUCCCUUGCAUGCUAUGACAAGGACAAAAUGCAUGACAACUUUUAAAGGAAAACUAAAUGUAUAUUUCUUAUUUUAUCACGGUGCUAAUAUUGUCGUUGUAACCAAAGAUUUAAUGUCUUAAUUUUUUCACUUUUGUUAUCGC